UUUGGCACAACACCGUUUGACAGCUGAGAAUCGUCCAAUUUAUAAACAAAAACAUAAAGCACAAUCAAGUUGGGAUUGCAUUAUUUGGUCGGCAUUUUUCACUUUCUUUCCUGCAAAUGCCUCAGCUGUUUAUAAUUUGAGUUCCGUUACGUGAAAAACGAAAGAAACAACCAAGAGUGCAGCGAUGCCGGUCGAUAUAAACCGGCUGACGGACGGUUGGCUGGAGCUGGAAAGUGAUCCAGGUCUGUUCACGCUGCUGAUGGAAGACUUUGGUGUGAAGGGCGUGCAGGUGGAGGAAAUUUACGAUCUGCAGAAGAAUCUCGAGGGCCAAGUGUACGGGUUUAUCUUUCUGUUUCGCUGGAUCGAGGAACGCAGGGCGCGCCGAAAGAUCGUCGAAACGACGGACAUCUACGUGAAGGAUGAGGAUGCAGUGAACAACAUAUUCUUCGCCCAGCAGGUGGUCCCGAACAGCUGCGCCACGCACGCCCUGCUGUCGGUGCUGCUGAAUUGUUCCGACAUUGAGCUCGGUCUAACGCUUAGCCGGCUAAAGAUGCACACGAAGGGCAUGAGCCCGGAAAACAAGGGCUGGGCGAUCGGAAACACGCCGGAGCUGGCCUGUGCACAUAACUCGCACGCGAUGCCCCAAGCCCGACGCAGGAUGGAUCGAAAUUCGGGCGUGAGCACUGGCCGGUUUACUGGCGAAGCGUUUCACUUCGUUUCGUUCGUUCCGAUCGAUGGCCGGCUGUUCGAGUUGGACGGGUUGAAACCGUUCCCGAUGGACCACGGACCGUGGGGAGAGAAGGAAGCGUGGACGGACAAGUUUCGUCGCGUGAUGUCUGACCGGCUGGGAAUCACUACCGGUGAACAGGAUAUUCGGUUCAAUCUGAUGGCGGUGGUUCCGGAUCGACGUAUUGCCAUCACACACAAGCUGAAAAUGCUUCGUACGAACCAAACGAUUGUAUCGGCCGCGCUGGAGAAGUUGCUGAAAUCGGAAAAGAAAGAGACAUCAUCGUCUUCGGCGUCAGCCAUCGGAUCAUCUCGCCCGUUGGGAGUUAGUUUGAAGAAGGAACCGGACGAUUCGACUCCGGUAAAACUGUCCGAUGAGUACUCGGAACUGUUGGCCAUCAAGGAGGAAAAGCAACCCGAUCAACCCUCUUCCUCAUCAUCCGUAUCGGUCUCGAAGGAGCUGGAAUCGUUCGUAUCGAUGAACAAUUCUUCCGAUUCGGUAGAAAUAAUUGGUGAAACGGAAGUCAAGCAGGAACGGGAAGACCCUACCCCACCAUCCCCUCCAUCAUCAUUUAUCGGUGCCGGUACAUUCUCGCCCAAGGAUUUGCUGUCUCUGCUGAAAAACCUUGAGUCAGAAAUCACCAUCACGGAACAGCAUCUGUGCGACGAAAAUGAAAAACGUGAACGGUUCAAGCUGGACGAUUGCCGGCGGACGCACAAUUACGACGAGUUCAUCUGCACGUUUCUGUCGAUGUUGGCCCAUCAGGGUGUGUUGGCUGAGCUGGUCUCGCAGGAUCUCAUUGCAUCGCGGAAGCCGAGUAUGGGUGGCAUCCAAACCAGCGCAAGCCGAGCGAUCUCACGAAGCUACAAGAAAGCGGCCGCCACGAAUGGGACGUCCCCGAAGGCGCCAGGGUCCAAGCGGCGUCGGGGUAGAGCAAAGUGUCGCAAGCGAAAGUAGGGAGAGGGGGGUGAAUUUGGAAAACACUGAGCGGGAGAUUUAUUUUGUAUUUUAAAUAUCAUUUCCAUUUCAUCGUUUGAUACACACUUCAUUCAAUAAACUAAACAUGUUAAUUAUAAAAAAGGA